UCGGGGCCGCUUCAGCUCUCGGAGUAGAAAGCUUGGGGCGCUGGGCUGGUGAGGACCCGCAGCGGGCGAAGAUGGAGACCUUUACCAAUGAUCGACUUCAGCUUCCAAGGAAUAUGAUUGAAAACAGCAUGUUUGAAGAAGAACCAGAUGUGGUAGAUUUAGCCAAAGAACCUUGUUUACAUCCUCUGGAACCUGAUGAAGUUGAAUAUGAGCCCCGAGGUUCGAGGCUUCUGGUGAGAGGUCUUGGUGAGCAUGAGAUGGAUGAGGAUGAAGAGGAUUAUGAGUCAUCUGCCAAGCUGCUGGGCAUGUCCUUCAUGAACAGAAGCUCAGGCCUUCGGAACAGUGCAACAGGCUACAGGCAGAGUCCAGAUGGGACUUGUUCAGUACCCUCUGCCAGGACCUUAGUAAUCUGUGUUUUUGUCAUUGUGGUUGCUGUCUCUGUAAUCAUGGUGAUUUAUCUACUGCCUAGAUGUACCUUUACCAAAGAAGGCUGCCACAAAACAAACCAGUCAGCAGAACUCAUUCAGCCGAUUGCUACAAACGGGAAAGUGUUUCCAUGGGCACAAAUUAGGCUUCCCACUGCCAUUAUUCCUCAACGCUAUGAACUUAGCCUACAUCCAAACCUAACCUCAAUGACAUUCAGGGGUUCUGUGACAAUUUCACUUCAGGCUCUUCAAGAUACACGGGACAUCAUUCUCCAUAGCACAGGACAUAAUAUUUCAAGUGUGACAUUUAUGUCGGCGGUUUCCAGUCAAGAAAAACAAGUUGAAAUUCUGGAAUAUCCAUAUCAUGAACAAAUCGCCGUUGUUGCCCCUGAAAGCCUUCUAACAGGACACAAUUAUACCUUGAAGAUAGAAUAUUCAGCAAAUAUAUCUAACUCUUACUAUGGGUUUUAUGGCAUCACCUACACAGAUAAAAGUAAUGAGAAAAAGAACUUUGCAGCAACUCAGUUUGAACCUUUGGCAGCAAGAUCUGCUUUUCCUUGUUUUGAUGAACCAGCAUUUAAGGCCACAUUUAUCAUCAAGAUCACAAGGGAUGAGCACCAUACUGCAUUAUCAAAUAUGCCUAAGAAGUCAUCAGUCCCUACAGAAGAAGGACUUAUUCAAGAUGAGUUUUCUGAAAGUGUGAAAAUGAGCACAUACCUGGUUGCUUUCAUUGUAGGGGAGAUGAGGAACCUGAGUCAGGAUGUAAACGGGACUCUGGUUUCUGUAUAUGCUGUACCAGAAAAAAUUGAUCAAGUUUACCAUGCCUUGGACACAACUGUAAAGCUCCUUGAGUUUUAUCAAAAUUACUUUGAAAUUCAAUACCCACUAAAGAAAUUGGAUCUGGUGGCCAUUCCUGACUUUGAAGCAGGAGCAAUGGAAAAUUGGGGCCUGCUUACGUUCCGAGAAGAGACUCUUCUGUAUGACAAUGCCACUUCUUCAGUAGCAGAUAGAAAACUGGUCACUAAAAUCAUCGCUCACGAGCUGGCACAUCAGUGGUUUGGUAAUCUGGUUACAAUGCAGUGGUGGAAUGACCUGUGGCUAAACGAAGGCUUUGCCACUUUCAUGGAGUAUUUCUCUGUGGAAAAAAUAUUCAAAGAGCUCAACAGUUAUGAAGACUUCUUAGAUGCUCGAUUUAAAACCAUGAGGAAAGAUUCCUUGAAUUCGUCUCAUCCAAUAUCAUCAUCUGUUCAGUCAUCAGAACAAAUAGAAGAAAUGUUUGAUUCUCUUUCGUAUUUUAAGGGAGCGUCUCUCUUGUUGAUGUUGAAAAGUUACCUUAGUGAAGACGUGUUUCAGCAUGCCAUCAUUCUUUACCUGCACAAUCACAGCUAUGCAGCAAUUCAAAGCGAUGACCUCUGGGACAGCUUCAAUGAGGUCACAGGCAAAACUCUAGAUGUAAAGAAAAUGAUGAAAACCUGGACCCUACAGAAAGGAUUCCCAUUAGUGACCGUCCAGAGAAAGGGGACUGAGCUUCUUCUACAACAAGAAAGAUUUUUUCCAAGCAUGCAACCAGAAAUUCAGGAUUCAGAUACAAGCCACCUUUGGCAUAUUCCAAUAUCCUAUGUCACUGAUGGAAGAAACUAUUCAGAAUAUCGAUCAGUUUCACUACUGGACAAGAAAUCAGAUGUCAUCAAUCUUACAGAACAAGUACAAUGGGUCAAAGUCAAUACAAACAUGACGGGCUACUACAUUGUUCACUAUGCUCAUGAUGGCUGGGCAGCUCUAAUCAACCAGUUAAAAAGAAAUCCCUAUGUUCUGAGUGACAAAGACCGAGCCAACCUGAUCAAUAACAUCUUUGAACUUGCAGGCCUUGGCAAAGUGCCUCUUCAGAUGGCAUUCGAUUUGAUUGACUACCUUAGAAAUGAGACCCACACUGCACCUAUCACUGAAGCCCUGUUCCAGACUGACCUCAUCUAUAAUCUCCUGGAAAAACUGGGACACAUGGACCUGUCCUCAAGAUUAGUGACCAGAGUACAUAAAUUGCUCCAGAACCAAAUCCAGCAGCAGACAUGGACAGAUGAAGGCACACCAUCCAUGCGAGAGCUUCGGUCAGCCUUGCUGGAAUUUGCCUGCGCCCACAGCCUAGAGAACUGUACCACUAUGGCCACAAAGCUGUUUGAUGGUUGGAUGGCAUCAAAUGGAACUCAGAGCCUGCCGACUGACGUCAUGACCACUGUGUUCAAAGUUGGAGCAAGAACCGAGAAAGGCUGGUUGUUCCUCUUUAGCAUGUACUCCUCCAUGGGCUCUGAAGCAGAGAAGGAUAAAAUACUUGAAGCCCUGGCCAGCUCAGCGGAUGCACAUAAACUUUACUGGUUAAUGAAAAGUAGCCUUGAUGGUGAUAUCAUUCGGACACAGAAGUUGUCACUUAUCAUUAGAACAGUGGGCAGACAGUUUCCUGGACAUUUGCUGGCAUGGGAUUUUGUUAAGGAAAACUGGAAUAAGCUUGUACAUAAGUUCCAUCUGGGCUCCUAUACCAUUCAAAGCAUUGUUGCUGGAUCUACUCACUUAUUUUCAACGAAGACACAUUUAUCUGAGGUCCAGGAAUUCUUCGAAAAUCAGUCAGAGGCAACCUUGCAGCUUCGGUGUGUUCAGGAGGCCUUCGAAGUGAUUGAGCUGAAUAUCCAGUGGAUGGCCAGGAAUCUGAAAACUCUGACACUGUGGCUGUAGCCCUCACAGCUGAUCUUCCGGUGCCCAUGGCUCUGCUGCUUUUGCAAAGGUUGAGUGAAGGCCGGCCUGCUACUGAGUUGUUUGCACUGUUAGGAUCUAGUUAGCUCAGGGCCCAAUUGUAUUUUUCAUAUCUUUUCUGAAAUGUCCUUAGGCGGUAGUUAUUUAUUACAAAAUUAUAUUCACCUGUACGUCAACCAUCUACAAUAACAGUGAAGAAUUUUUCUUUGACACACAAAUGGAGAAAAGUCAGAAAUUUUGUUUGAUUUCUUAGUGUCCAGAGUGUUUCUGUUACAGUGCAACCGAGGAAGGUCCGUAAGAACCACUGCCUUUGGAGGUUGCUGAUUGUCAGCUGUUUGUUGCUUCUCGUUAAACAGUACACCUGCAUUCUGGGAGUUACCCUGAAGAGUGACAAAGACAUUGAAGGUGCAGCUCUAGACAGAUGACCUCAGGUGUUCUUUAAACCUGAUUGGGGGUUCUUUAAAAAGGUUUAUGUCAACGUUAUAAUUUUUCCUGCAGAAUAGCCAGGUUCUAAAGAAUUUUUCAUUUUUCCAUUAAAUUGAACAGCUGAACAAUCAGGCCCAAAAUUUCAAUUUUCCAAAUAUUUCACACUUUCCGCUUCAUCUUUAUGGCACUAUGUAGGAAGUAUUCUGAACUAAGUUAACAUUAAUUACUUUACUCAUGAAUUCCAGUACCCUCAACUUUGUAUGCUGGUAAGGCCUUCCAUCAGCUUUCUCCUGUAGAGGGAGGAGAACCCAUGCUUGGGAGGCAGCUUUCUCCUGUACAGUAUGGGAGGCUUUCUGUGUGCACUGGUGGCUUUCUCCUUACUUUCACCCAAGAAUGUAAUUUGUUUAAGUUGCCUUUUGAACCUGACAAAUGGUACCCUCUUCUCUGUGAAUCGUACCCAUGUGUGGUUUGUUACUUUUUGUUACAGUGUAUAUUAGAAGCAUUUCUUAAAUAGGGUCAUCUGGAAUUAAAGCUUUUUAUUUUGAAGUUCACCAUAGUACCUUAAAGGAACAAUGAAAAUGUGGAACAGGAGGAAGUUGAAAAUAUGGUGGGCUUUGAAUUCUUUUUUCACUGUUAAAGACAGUGCUUUGCUUUAGUUGAAAAAAAAUUAUAGUUGUUUGUUUGUUUGUUUGUUUGUUUGUUUGUUUAUCAUGGCCAAACUAUGUUAAACAGCGAGGCCAAGGAUCAAGCAGAGGACAAGCAAGGGAGGGGCCCCGAGCAAAAUGUGGGCGCUUCACUCCUUCUGAAGGAGAGGUAUCGUACUUGAAUUUUUUGAGCUAUGCAGACUUAUUCCUAGAUUGUUGUGUUUCUUUGAUUCUUAGGAGAGAAGCUUUCUUCUUAAUAACUCAUGAGAAUUCUAUAUUUUGUUUGAAAACAGUGUCCAUGUACAUAAAAAGGGAAUUACUCAUUUGUGAACACUGAAAACACUCCACAGAGUCAGACCAUAGAAAGGCCACUUUUUUUUUUAUUCAGCUGUUGUAAAGCUAGAAUAUGUGGAGUUAUAUACAAAGUUAUAGUUUAUUUUAUGAGAAUAUUUUUAUAUAACAAUUUUAAUGGCUGACAAGCUGAAAAAUAGCCUGCUUUAAUCCUAGAGUUUGUUCCCAAUUUAAUCUUUUCUAAACAUUUUUUGAUUUUUUUUUUUUUGGUUUUUUUUUUUUAAAGUGGAAAAUGUUAUUCCUGAGAGUCAUAGAAUUAUCUUGAUAUUUUAGUGAAAUAGGUAAUUGUAGAUCUCUAGUCCCCUUGUGCUUUUGGUAAAUGAAUGACAGUUCAGUUGAUACUGAAGGUUAAUGGGGUUUUCUAUUUUUAAAGUGAAGGAAAGAUGCUCUUGUGGGUUUUGGUUGCCCCUUUUCAUUUUUUACCAUGUUGUAUUACUAAAUUAUACUUUAAUAACAGAGUUUAACUUUUGCUACUUCUCAGGAUCAGUCCAAUCCUGAGAUUUACCUGCCCAUCUUGGUGUUGACUGUAAAGUCUUUCUGCAUAUGGCAAAUCUUGUCUUAAAUAACACUUUUUUCCAUGUAUGAGUGUAAAUGUGGUGUGCCCUGUUUUAAAUAAAGCCUUAUGAAGAUAUGGGCUUAAAAAGAGCUAAUUCUUGAUCCAGUGCUAUUAGUAGCUGCUUGUUCCCAGGAUACUGGAGCCAUACUUUAAGUAUUAUCUAGAACCUUCACCUGGCUUUUUAAACAUUUCCCCACAGAACUCUGUCUGUUUCAUGUUUUGUUAGCUCAUCUCUGUGCAGCUUCUUAGCUAACUCAAAGUCAGUGCUCUAAGGCUGAGGUAGCAUUUGUAGUCUGAGAAGUAUAUUGAUAGCAUUCAGAUUUUCUUCCUCAAAUUUAAUUCUUCUCUCUGUACUUUUAGGAAGGAAGAUUGAAGCACAGGGGUCAGCUUGUGCUUUGGGCAUCAGCACAAAUACCUGACAUCAUUGGGUAGCAGUUAAAUGAGCAUUCUGCUCACCGCAGAGAAAGGGUGUUCUUGAAUGUAAUAUGAAAGGUCUUGAUUACUAGGAAAGAUAGAAUUAGAAAUCUAGACUUGAGGACAAGAGAUGAUUCGGAGAUUUGAGAGUUUAUUAAAGUUAGACGUUGGAGUAAACAAGUUUACUUUGCUAAUAAUAAGACGUAAAGUAGUGGCAGUGCCCCCAUCCCCCGAAGCGUAUGCCCUCCUCUGUCUCAUUGCAUCUGUCUGUGAAAAUGAAAUUGUAUUUGUCAUUGCUUCAGAGUGUUCACAGACGUUCUUCUAUCACAGGUUCUACUUAAUUUUCUUUGUCAUAUGUGUUUUUAUUUUCAUGAGAUUUUAGCCACCAUUAGAGCAAAAGCUGCCAGAAGAGUCCUGGGCAUCAAAACAAAUCGAGCUGCUUGAGGUUUACGGGGUACACAACAAUCCUUUCUGAUUAUUGGGAAGCAAGAAAUUACAAUUAAGUCUUGUGUUGUUGCAAGAUUGUCUGUUGUUAAAUUGGAUUUUAAAGAUGGUUCCUUAAUCUAAAGCACCUGAGCUGAGGGUCUUCAGCCCGACUGCUGAGCACUUAUAUAAGGCCAUGUGCUCUGUGGGUUUCCAGGACGGCACGGCACGGCGGGUCUCAGGUGCUUUGCUGCCAAGGAGUGAGAUGAGUUUGCCGAUAGGAAUGGGUCGUUUCCCAUAGGCCGCUAAUGCCUGGGACCAUGGGCACACUGUAGGUUUCCUCACCUUUGCCUUACUUGUGUUUAUGUGGGAUUAAUUCUCUUGUUUGGGAAAUGUUCUGUCUCCUUACAUUUGUAUUUCUGGAAACUCAGGUAUAUAUUUUUGCUGGGUUUUUUAUUCUUUUAUUUUGUUCUUAAAUCUCUAAAAUAUCAAAAAGUACCAAAUGAAAAUUGAAGUCCCAAAGUAUGACAGAUGACCCUUUGCCCAGCCCUUAUGGCCUAGUUAGUCAGUAACUACUAGAAUUAGUGAUUGACCUUUAGAGAACUUGUACUAGGGUUUUUUUGGGGGGUAGGGUGGGAGGUGAUGCAUAUUUUGAAACAUAUACAUGUAUUUUUAGAUUUUUUAUAUUUUAUAAGUUUUGUCCUGUUAAUGAAAGAGCGAAAUAACUACUCUCUGAUAAUCUCUCCUCUUCCCAUAUUGCCUACUGUAGGCAAGAGUUACAGAAUAAUUUUAUUUUAAUAUUUUUAACAACGUGGGUUUCAAGAGGGCAGCUUCUUUUAAGAGUGUGUAUAAAUAGUUUUGCUGCUAUUUGGUACUUAUUUAAUGCUGCCCUCUAUACAUUUUUCUUGUGGACAUGUACAUAAACCGUGCAAGGUCACAUAGAUGUCUGAUGGCAGCAGAAUAGUGGUAGUCCCUAUUAUUCUGUUCCAGUCUUAGGAACUUAGGCUGUCUCUCAUCCUUCAAACAUGUUAUAGAUGCAAUGCCACUUGUAUUUCACUUAGACUUGUCUCUUUGCAUAGACACUCAGUUUCCAUUGUGGUUGAGUGUGUCAGAUUCUUCCCUGUCGCUUGUUGCCUCUCAGGGCAGUAGCAGUGUGGAAGACAGCAGAGUAGUGCUUGCUAUGGCCUUUUAUUACUAAUUCAUUUGGUCCUAUGCCCUUCAAACACAUGUGAAAAUACCUGAUGAAAUGUGGCAGACUACAUGUGAACAGUCCUCUCUUCUUCUCACCUCUUAGAGCCUGUUGGCAACAGCUAAUAAAAUGGCUGUCUGUGUGGAAGAUGGAGGGAAAUGUACUUAAUGUCUGUGUAUAUGUUUUUACUACUGUAUCAUAGUAAUUCACUGCGUGGUCAGAGUGGAGAUGCCCAAUGUACCGUGGAGUUCAGAUGCAUAACAGUGCCCUCUUUCCCUUUAUUGUCUGGCUUCAAUACUUCUUAAAGUAUUUUGAGUGUUUGAAAGUUGUUUGGGGUUCGGAUGGUUGUUAUCUAGUUGGUUGGUUUUUGCUAGGCUCAGAAAGUAGCUAGGGGGCGGAAUAUAUCCUUUUCGAGUUGACAAACAUGUUGUUGCUGUGUUUUUACUUCCUUGCUCUCCCUGACCUUUUUAUGGCUUUAUGCGUAAAGUUAGGGAUCUCUCUAAGCGGUUCCUUCCUUCCCAUGUGGGCCGUGCAGUGGCUAUCUGUAGCAUGGACGGUGAUUUGGGGCUGCUCCUGUGCAUUUCCCUAGGUGCUCUUGCUUCCUCGUCACUGCUUCAUUGGGUGCCUGUCCUGAUGGACUGUGGACUCUGAAUGUAGUGUCCUCUGGUUCCUGUUCCAUCUCUGUGAGGAGGUGUUUCUUCUCAGUUUUUUCUCUUAGCUUUAGUGGGGACUAAGGGCGAAAAAUAGAUUCUUUACAAAUAUAUAUAAUUUUGUUACUAUACUGUGCUAUUUCAUUUGGUACUGAGUCCUUUACAUGGACAUAAAGUACCUAAUGAGACGUGGAGGUCCGGAUGUAUGAAAACUUCCUCUUUCCCCUUUUCCUCUUUGCCUCUGUGGGCAAUAGUUGUAGAGUAGCAUAGAUUUUCUAAUUCUCUUCCACCCGGAGGGGUGGGAUAUGUAUAUACUUUAAAAUGUAAAUAUAAAUUUUUUAAUCUUUUUGUUGUUACUUCAUUUGUACCUAAAUCUAUUUGUGGACACUUAGGUACAUGAGGAAUAUUGAGGUUCAUUCUAUGAAAAAUCUCCCCUUUCCCUUCCCUCACUGCCUGUUUGGGCAGUGGCUUGUAGAGUAGUUGUGUAGCUUUGGCAUGGGGGUGCAGGGUGAGAACAGUUCUGGGUUUCUAUUUUAGAUGUAUUUAAAAGUCUGUCAGUUAUUUCAGUUCUUCACUCUCAGUCUGCCUUUGUGUUAAUGAAGCAAAGCAACGGUCUGUAUCAGUACCCAGAAGUGUAGAACAUCUGCCCCUCACUCUGCCCCUGUGCCAUACCGCAGUAGUGUACACGUACUGUAAGGCUUGAGUUCUUGUUUUGUCUGUUGCUUAUAAUACAGCUUGUUAGAGAAAAGGGUAACCAUAUGUUAUAUAUGUAUAUAGGAUUGUAAAUGCCUUGUGGUAUUAACUUCAUUUUGAACGUGGUCCAUGGUGCGACUAUUUUUACUAUGUACUUAAUGAACACUGAGAUUGAUUCUAUGAAAACUCUCCACACUCCCUAUCCCUCAUUGCCUGGUGGGCAGUGGUAGACUAGAUGUUUUAUUUGCUUAUCUUUUGUUUGCUUUGGGGGGGGGUCUGGGUGUUUAUAUAUUUUUAAUGUAUAUACAAUAUUGCUAUAUUCUAUAUAUUAUUCCAUGUAGCACCAGUUUUUUGCUGGAAUUUGUACAUAGAUAAUAAAACAUUGAGGUCCAGAGGUAUGAUAACUCUCCCGUGCUCCCUUUCCCUCAUUGCCUACAGAGGCAAUAAUUUUAUAACUUGUUUUUGUUUUGUUUUCUUUUCUUUUCUUUUUUUUAGGGGGUGGGAAUGGGAUUGCUUAGGUGGGUAGUGGUUAGGGGAAAGGGAUGAGUGCAUGAUUUUAAAAUAUAUUUUUUCAUGGUACUGAUUAGGCCCCUUUUCAUUUGCAUGGAUAGAUGGGUACCUAAUCAAAAUUGAGGAUCAGUGUAUGACAUAUCUCCCAUUCUACCCUUUCCCUUAUGCCUGCACAGGCAACAGUGAGUAAAGCAGCUCUGUGUUAUUUACUUGUUUGGAUUUAUUUUGAUAGUAGACUAUUCUUAAUAUAAAGUUUUCAUUUCUUUAUUUCAUUUUGUGUUCAGCCCUUUGCCUAGCUAUAAAGAACAUAAUGAAAUUAGUUUCAUAAGAUGACAGGGCACAUCUUUUGUUGUAUAUUUCCUCACUUAGUAGUAGCUAGUACAGGUGGUUUGUGUUUUUCCAGGUUAUUCUGUAGGAUAGAUAUCUUUAAAGAUACAAAUAUGUAUACAUUUUUAAUUUUCUCCCUUGCUCUCAUUGUUUCCCUUUAGUAUACUUAUUCUCUUGAAGGUUUUUACAUGUAUCUAGAGGGAAAAGAAAAAACCAAAGGCUCAUUACAUGUUAAGUAUCUGAAAGUACAACCCUGGGACUCCAUGUAUAGCAGUGGCAAUGGGCUUGAAGCAAAUACAAUGGGAAAGGACACUCAGAUAUGGCUACAUUGUGGAAACUAACCAGAUCCAGCAUUGCUGGUGUCGAUUUAAACUGAGAUGGUGAAAGGCAAGCUUUAGUUUUAUAAAUACCGGAACAACAGAGGGCAGGGCAUUGCUGAGUAAACGUGAGUUUAAGUAGCUUCAGUGGUGGAGGCAAGCCAAUAUCAGUGUUUCCUAUAACUAAUUCAAAGAGCCCUUAAGAGAGUAGUGUUCUGUGAGGCCUAAAGCUCAGAUUUAUCUCCAGAGUUCUGUUGACUGUUCUUAUGUACCCAGGAGAAGUCAUUGAUUCUUAGAAUGGACCAUUUGAUUGCAACUUCUCUGGUGGCUCACAGACAACAUGGUCCCAAAAGAAUGUCAGGGGCAAGCCCUUUCUGUCUUAGGACAUCCACAUGUGGCAGGGCACAGUGGCCCUUUCUUACCCAGAACUCUUUUGUGUGGCUGCAUCUCUUUCUCCGGUUGUCUCUUAACUGGGCCGUUCCUGUUCCUUUUCCUUUUGCUGUCAGUACCUUCAUCGUUAGAUGCCAUCUGAGGUUACACUCACACGCUGCCUUCUCGUUCGCUUUGUGAUUCUGUGUGCAUUUCAUGCACUAGAGCCUGUGUGUUUGCUCGCAGCAUUCUUACAUUUCUUCUUGUCUCUUCUUCCACCACAUGGUAAAUGUUGACUACACAUUUGUCUGCAUCAAAGAAAAUGCAUGUGAAAACCUCCCUGUCCUUCUUGCAUGUUAGCAUUGUUUUGUUCUCACAUUUUUUCUGAUAUUCCAUGAGGAAGAUUUGCCAUAUCCACUUAAAGAAACAUUGAGUGCUAGAUAGGGCUCCUAGAAAUUCUCAAAGACAUGUUAUUUACCAUAUCAAACUCUCAGGAAUGGGUUGGAAAAUUAUCCUCGUAACAUUGCUGUUACUUAUACCUGCUGCUGGAGGAAAAAGUUUAUUCAUGACACAUUUACCUUUGAUCAUAAAUAAAAGAGAAAGGGCCACCUUUUUGCAGUUAGUCAUGGUAGUCAUUAGUGAUAUUUUUGAACUGCUUUUAAUUUGAAAUACUUCAAAGGAAGUAAAGGUCAUGGCUUUACUCAAAGAAAUGCUCCAGAAGUUGGGCUGUAUAAAUCAUCAGUACAAUAAUACACUGUGUGCGUGUGCGUGUGCGUGUGCGUGUGUGUGUAUGAAAUGAGAAUUGCCACAUAAUUGGAGCAUUUGCAUUCAUCAGCAAAUAAUAUUGAGACAAACUAUAGUCAACUCUCUUGAUUAAAGCCAAGUGUUCCCUGUGGCUGUGAGGAAGAGUUUUUCUUGCAAAUACUUUGGAAAGUGAUUACUUGGAAACUUACAAAGCUAUUGCCUUUUUUUUUUUUUAACACCAGUAGAGACCUUUGGUUCCUUCAGUCUGAGUUUAAGGCUAGAAUUCUAAUUUGUAUUAUAAUCUGUCUUUUGUGGAAAAUUUUGAAAAUAGUACGUAUAUGUAAUAUUGUAUAUGCAAAUUGUGUUGUUUUACUUGUUUUGCAUAUGACCAGCACUGACUGAAAGGCAUGUUUAACUAUAAACACUGUUGCUUUCUUUGUGAAAUGAAAAUAAAAGUAUUUAAAUACAAA